AAAAACUCCAGCCAAUGAUUUCCAGACCCACCGAGUGGCAUUGGACAGUAAGUACGUCAAUCAAACGGUCGUACUGCACUCCCCCUCCCCCCGCGCGUGACCCCUUUGUGCACGUACUCAAAUCUCGAGACCCAGAGCAAGUUUCUGUUUGUUGUUAUCCUGCGGCAGUGGCGCAAAAAUUGGGUAUGCACUAUAUGCGGCGCAUAGGGGCGCCGCACCAGAGGGGGCGCCAAAGCGAUGGAAGUAAAAAAAAAUGAGUCGGCAUUUUCUGUUUUUAACAGCGUUUGUGUAACAGAGGGACGUCACUGAUAAGGCGCCCCCCGCUCCUUCGCCUCCCUCCCCCCUCCUCCCCACAUGGCGCUCCAGUGGUCGCCCCCUCGAACACGCCCUGGAGCCGAGCGCCAGAGUGUCUUCAUUUGAACCGCACUGUCAUCUGAUGACACGUAGCCUACCUCAAUAUGGAAAGGCAGGAGAAAGGAGAAUUGGGAAGGAGAAAGGGUGUGCAGGGAUGAAAGAAAGCUUUUCAAAGUGGUUGAAAGACAGUCGUUUUUAUAUCAGUGUAUCAAGAGGAGGCUUGUAAAUAUUAGCUAAAUCUACUACUAGUAAAACAACAGGUUACUGUUGUCUUGCAACUGUGUAGGCUACUGAUCAGAAUGGAGCCUACACUGAAAAAAAUAUGGAGCUGGGUUUACUUAAAAAAACUUUGUACACCCAUUGCACACAGAAAUACUAAGUAAAUUUAACACAGCAAAUCUUUAAGUAAAAUUUACUUGCAUCUCCUUAUAGCUUUUAUUAGCAAUACCAAAGUAAUGUUUACCUCUGAAGGCAAGUAUUUUUUACUUAGUUAUAUUUUGAUCUCCUUAUAGCUUUUAUUAGCAAUACCAAAGUAAUGUUUGCCUCUGAAGGCAAGUAUUUUUUUACUUAGUUAUAUUUUGAUCUCCUUAUAGCUUUUAUUAGCAAUACCAAAGUAAUGUUUACCUCUGAAGGCAAGUAUUUUUAACUUAGUUAUAUUUUGAUUAAGAAUUACUGGUAAAAGUCUAGUACACGAUUUCCACAUAAAAACUCCAAGUAAAUGUUAAAAAUGGGCACACCUAAAUCUCCCCCCCCCCCCCCAAAAAAAAUGAAGACGCACAAUAUCCAGAAUUUUGCUUUUUAUUUUUCAAAACCACAAAACAUACACAAACAAAAUGGGCAUUUUCUACAUGAAAAUAUAAAAUCAUAAGAUAUAAAAAAAGCAGAAACAAAAAUAAUGAGCAGAAUACAAGCGUUGGUGAGUGGAAUUUAGUAAAUGGACCUAUAAGUACACAGCAAUAAAAUUCAAAGUCAAGAAAGAAUGCAAAUCUUUAAAAAAAAAAAAAAGCCACCAACCUGUACAGGUCCAUUUUUACAUACUGUAAUUCAAGUCAUGAAACAAACCUACACUAAAGAACAAGGUGCAUAACUAAAAGCCUUUCAUGAACAUCAGAACAUCAGUGGCGGCGCCAGGGGGGGGCUAGGGGGUGCUAGAGCACCCCCUAGAUUGGCCAUAGCACCCCCAUAGCACCCCCAAGAAAAUAAUGGUUUAUUUAUUAUUGUUAUUUAAUUUCAUUCUUAAUAAAAUGUAUUGUGUGAUUAUAAUAUUUUAAUCACGAAAGAAAAUAACAGAUUGAAAUAAACAGAUUGUUCACGUAGCACGACACAGACACGUGGCGUGCGUGAACGUGAUUGUUCAAUGAGUAGUAGGCUAACGGCUAAGUAACAGUAAUCCUGGCGAUCGGUCAAUUAAUUUUAAGUCAAGUGGUCACAAAAUCACGAAAAUGGAUCGGUAUUUGAUCCGAAAAAUUCCUCGAGUUGAAGAAGACGUUAUGCAAGAGGUAGUGGAUGAUUCUGAUGUAGAAGAAGAGGAAAGUCCUGGUCCAAGUCAACCCUUCACCUCUACUGAGGGCGCUGCUAGCCAUGAUGCUAGCACCCUGGGUGACUUAAGCAUGAACGCCCAGGAUGGUCCGAAAAGACCAAUAUUACAAAAAUAUCCAACUCGGAUGUUUGGAGUCCAGCAAAGAAGUUUCUGUAAGGGCUGGAUGGAACCAUAUCCGUGGUUGGAAUACAGUGUAUCUCAGGAUGCCGUCUUUUGCUUUGCCUGCAGGCAUUUUCUCGGUGGAGGAGGGCACGGGUUUCAUCGGUAGCCAACGUAUACAACCAGUGGCUUUCAUAACUGGCGGAAAGCAACAGCAUCUUUUAAGGGCCAUCACGAAAGUAUGGGACACAAAUUUGCCAUGGAGGCAUGGACUGAGUUUAAGCUAAAAGCAAAAAGCGGUUCAAAAAUAACAAAUAUGCUGGAUAAAGGACAUUCGGUAUUGAUCCAGGAGAACAGAAGGUACAUGAUGGGCGUUGUGGAAAGCUUGCGCUAUACUGCCUGUCAGGGGAUCGCACAGCGAGGCCACAUUGAAGAUGAGGAUUCAGCAAACAGGGGUAAUUUCCACGAGUUGCUGUCUGUAAUUGGAAAAUUUGACAAAACCGUUCAGAAAAAGUUAGAUAACAACCCGUCAAAUGCAAAGUAUGUGCACCAUGACGUGCAGAAUGAGAUCAUCAAUGUAAUGGCAGAAAUGAUUAGGAAACAAUUAAGGGAUGAGGUUAAGGACGCUGAACAUUUUGUCAUUUUGGUGGAUGAAAGCAAAGACAUCAGCAAAAAAGAGCAAAUUUCAGUGAUCGUGCGUUAUUUGAACACGGAAUCAGAGAGAGUGGUGGAGGAAUUCUUGCAUUUCACCCCAGCAGAUGGACUAGACGCAAACUCGCUCUUUGCAAGCAUCAAGCAGACGCUCAGUCGGUGCGGUAUUGACCUGAAUUGUUGUGUUGGCCAGUGCUAUGAUGGUGCCUCAGUCAUGUCUGGAUGUAACAACGGAGUCCAAGAACUUUUCAGAAGAGAGGUGCCGCAAGCAGUUUAUAUACACUGCCAUGCUCAUAGGCUUAACCUGGUGUUGGUGGACUGUGUGCAUAAUGUAGAUGCUGCCGCUGAGUUUUUUGAGACGUUGCAAACACUGUACAAGUUUUUUUCGGGGUCAGUGGUGCACGAUCUCUUUCUGAAGAAACAAAGGGAACUUUCAACGGCACAGCGCAUAGGGCUGAAGAGACUGAGUGACACUCGCUGGGCAUGCCAGUAUGAUGCUAUCUGUGCAGUCAAGAGAACUCUCCCGGCUAUCAUCGCUACCCUGCGUGACACUGUUCGCGACAAGAAUGCGAAACGGAGGACAGAGGCUAAAUCUGUCAGUUCCCUUAUGGAUGAGCAGUUUGUUCUGCAUUUAAUUCUUUUUGAGGAUGUUUUUAGAACUACCAAAUUCAUGUCCGAUGCGCUACAGUCUCCCAAUUUCGAUCUCUUGACAGCGGAUGACCUGGCCCAAUCUGUGAUCACUGCCAUAUCGGAGAAACGUACAGAUGACAACUGGGCAGCAAUCCGUAAGCAGGCAGGAGACAUGUGCGUUAAUACCGGGAUAGCUACUUUACAUCGUGAGAAAAGGCAGACCCAAACAACUAAACAUCUGGAGGGCUUUAUUGUGGAGGCCCCGAUAGAAAGACUAGGCAUGGGCAGCAUGGAUGAACUGAAAACUCAGUCAUUCUAUCCUGUCUUAGACAGGUUGUUAAUGGAACUCCGGCAACGCUUUUCCAUCAAAGCAAAUGGUGUACUGGCAGGCUUGCCAGCCCUAAGCCCUAAUCACCCAUCAUUCCUUGACAAGCAAGUUAUUCUGCCCAUGGCUCGCCAUUAUGGGGUCAGCGAGGAGAAUUUGUGUGCAGAACUCCAUCAAGUUCGCCGGCUCCUGAAAAGGAAGGAAGAGCAAGGAUGCACCAUUAACAGCAACCAGGAGUUCCUAUCCCUUAUGCGGCCUUACAAAGACGCCUUCGUGGACCUCUACAAAUUGAUCUCCAUAUCUCUGACCCUGCCUGUAACAUCUGCGAGCUGCGAGCGCAGUUUUUCUUGUCUGCGUCGCUUGAAGAGCUACCUGAGGAAUAGCAGUGGGGAUGGCCGAACCAGUGACCUUGCAUUUCUGGCGAUUAACCCUCUGCGAGCACGGGCUUUGGACAUCGACAGGAUCAUAGAUGCCUUCGCUCUCAACCACAACAACAGGCGCAUUGUCCUGUUAUGAAGACGUAGGUGGAAACUGACACCUGAUCUGCUGGCUUGCCUGGAUUUUGGUUUUUCUUAAGGAUUUUAAGCAUAGUUUUGUGUGCACUUUUUGAUACACUUUUUGAUAUCUUAUUAUUGUGGUUUUGAGUGCCUACUGUUUGGUUUCAUUCAUGUUUUGAUUGUGACCUAAAAUAAUAUACUCUUUUUGAAAGCAUUUCUGACUCUUUGCCUGUUUAAAUUAAUUAUAUCUGACAUUCUAAUCUGCCGUCUUUAGUUAGAAGUGUAUUGAACUUGGUAUGUUUAGUUUAAUUUGUCGCUCAUGGUAGUGGUGACCUGGUAGUCAUCUGGCGCAAACUUUAAUCCACACACUGAAGUAAGUGAAGUAUUUGGGAUUACGUUAAGUAUAACAUGCUGCAUCCAUUUUGACCGUCGGAUAUGAACGCGGCUUUGUGCGCGUCCGUCAGAAGUAGCCUACUGACAAUAAUAAUACGAUCGAUUUGAAUGGCGCUUUUUAUGUACCCCAAAGACCCGUUAGAGAGCAAACGUGUAAACAUAUGUGACGAUAUGGUGGGGAGGUGUUGUAGUAGAGAAAAAUGAGACUCAUAUGAUAUCACCCUAAUUUCAUAGCACCCUCAGUAAAACGCCGAGCACCCCCAUAGCACCACCAGAAAAAAAUCUCUGGCGCCGCCACUGUGAACAGUUAUGAACAACUUCGCAAUUAAGUCAAUUGCAUCUGCUGCAUGAGCUGUAGUCACAUUUCCCUUUCACUGUAACAGUAUCCUUCUCAGAGAAUCCACUUUGGGGGAGAACUUUAAAUCAUCCAACUCCAAAAGCAACUUUUGAAACACUUCAAAUGUAUAUUUCAAUUUUGGAGGAUAACUGAGAUUCAGUGAGUACACAAAGCCCAUGAGCAGAAUGCAAGCAUUGGUGUGUGUUUUACAACCACCCAAUACCUCUGUACCAUCAACCACAAUGAUGACAUCAGUUGGGGGGGCACCCUCUGCAGCACUGCCCAGCACAAGGAUCUUGAUCACACCGUCUUUGAUGUCUUUUUCGAUGACAUCCUUAGAAACAUCCUGCUAAACACAACACAAAGAAGUGCCAUAGUGGUCAAAAACUGCACAACCCACACAUCCCAAUACUUCAACUGCUGCCAUUUUAAAAGGGGUAGGAUACACACACACCUGGUAGUCCUUAAUGAGCUCCUCUGUCGAUUCUCCCAGGAAAUGGAUCAGACAACGGAUGAUCGCAUCAUGGCUAUCGAUCUGUUGCUGUAUAAAAACAAGAUAAUAAGACAUAAAUAAAUUCAAUGCUCAAAAAAUUAAGGGAACACCAACACAACGAAACACUGUUACGAGUCAAUUAUACUUCUGUGAAAUCAGCCUGUCCACUUGGGAAGUUAGCCAUGUCUCAAGGGGUGGAAUGAUGGACUUAAGUAAAAGAAAGCAAAAUGCUAACAGCACAUCUGACUGACUGGGAGGACGCACAAAGCUCAGAGAGAUAUGGCUCAGCUCGUCUCAAUUCAGAGAACACCACCUUUCAUGAAGGAAGUACAAUGGACUGUUCCUACCUGAUUGAGUGACUCCAACACACUUUUUAUUUUUGUGCCUGAAGUCCCACCCUUUGUCUUGAAAACAGUAUAGAAGAUUAAUCGAGAUUUGAAACACUUAGACUAAUUUAAGAGAGAGAGAGAGAGUAAAAGAAAUCGAGGGGUCCGGAACAAGAAUUGAAAAAGACUUUAUCGUGAAGAAAAACAACAACGACAACAGCCUGAGUGGGUUUGCAGAGUCACUGUGGUUCACAAACUGCGGCGUCUUUUUAUACACACAAACUGAGAGGCUUCUCCUUGAGGUGUCUGCCUCCGUUCAGUCAUAAAUUCAUCUUAACCUGAACAGUCAGCAAUUGGUCAGCAAA